AUGGCCCGAUCCUUCCACACCGUUCUCCUACGGGUUGCUAACACAGCACCCACGCCGCCUCGUCCUUUUUCGUCCUUGUCCUUGUCCCUGUCGCCGGCGCAACACAUCAAAGAACGGCUGCUGGCCGCCAGACAGGUGAAUGAAAUGGAACUUGAUCAAAGGACAACACGCAGGCGGCUAACUUUUUGGCCGAAAGGCGCGCAGCACUCGAAGAAUUCCUAA